CUCACAAAUCGCCCGCCUUCCUCCAUCGACCAUUUCUGCUCUAGACGUAUUACAGUGCUCCGUGCUCGACCCGAGUCCUCCUCACCCAGGCAUAUGGCACAUACAGCCUCUUUUCUUUCUUCUAGUUGUGUCCCCACUACUCUUUAAAAAUUCCGCCGAAAAAGAGAAGACGAUUUUCCAAAUCAUUCAGGCCGUUAUCUCACGGCUCCCCACUUUCUCUGCGGGUGUAUAAGCGCUACCCCGAAGGCCUAGGGGAGGCACUUUACCGCGAGCAGUUUGACUUCAACGCUGAGCCGCCUUGGGAUCCUAGUUGAUAGCGGGAGAGCACCAUCUCCCACGUUGUCCAUUUUGUUGCAUACCAAGAAUAACCCAGCGGCUCAGUAAACUCUCUAUGAUUGUCGGAUUUGCGGAAUACGGUUGAGAUGAAAGGAUUCGUUGAUGCACCAAACUACAUGAUUGAAAUACUAGAAGGAGGAUUGACCCUUGAAGAUGUCAUCGACAGCCAUGUCUAUGAACAAAAUCUGGCUGAAAAGAAUGCAUUUGUUGUGGCCGACCUUGGGGCCCUAAUGCGACAGUAUGUUCUGUGGAAGACCACCAUGCCCCUCAUUCGGCCCUUCUACCCAGUCAGUUGCAACAGCAGCCCUGUAGUCAUUGAACUCCUGACUGCGCUUGGUGUUGGUUUUGUCUGUGCAAAUAAGGCGGAAACCACAUUGGUACUCAGUCAUGAUGUCCCUCCUGAGAACAUCAUCCUGUCUGGUGUUUGCAAGCAGCUCUCACUCAUUAAACAUGCAGCCAAGAAUGGCAUUAACUAUCUGGUGUGUGAAAACGAGGCGGAGCUUCGUAAAAUUGCACGUGCCCAUCCAGAGUCCAAGCUUUUGCUACAAGUGUCUACUGAUGCACAGGUAGAAGAGGCGAGUGUGACCAUUGGUUGCUCCUUGAAGGGUUGCAGGCAUCUUAUGGAAAUGGCAAGGGAACUGAGUGUAGACGUGGUUGGAGUCAUGUUUCAGGUACCAGUGUCAAGCAAAGAUCCACAGGUGUACACCCAUGCACUAUCAGACGCUCGCUGCAUCUUUGACAUGGGGAAGGAGUUAGGCUUUGACAUGAAGAUUCUGAAUAUCGGUGGUGGAUUCAGUGGUUCUGAGUUUCAGUUAAAACAGAUACAUUCUACUGUCACCCCACUGCUAGAGGCCUAUUUCCCCUCAGGGUCUGGAGUGAGUGUCAUUGCUGAACCAGGAAAUUUCUUAGUGUUUUCCUCCUUCACCAUGGCUGUCAAUGUUAUUGGCAAGAAAUCAGUAUACCGGGAUCUCCAUGAUGAGCUGAAACACAGUGACGAACCAAAAUUCAUGUAUUAUAUGAACGAUGGUGUGUAUGGAUCUUUUGUGGGGAAGUUGUUUGGAAAUACCAUCGCCGCUCCUUCUGUGCACAAGAUGUCACUCACCCUAGAUGAACCAGUGUUCUCCAGCAGCCUGUGGGGUCCCACGUGUGAUGCACUGGACCAGGUGGUGGAGUGUUGCCUUCUCCCUGAGAUCUUUGUUGGGGACUGGCUCAUUUUCAGAAACAUGGGGGCCAGUGGUCAGGAAGGGUCAGCACCCCUCAGUGACACACAACCACCACCUGUGUAUUACACCAUCUCUACAGAUGACUGGUUUGAGAUGCAGGAAGCUGGGAUCUCUGUGGAUGACACCAUGAAAAACUUCUCACUGGUCCAGUAUGGCUUGUAACGGAGCCAAAAUCGAUCUCACUGGGCACGUGAAUGGCUUGCAGAGACAACAUUCCAACAGUCAUGGGUGGAAAACAUUUCUAAAACUUGAUGAAAGGCUUGGCAAACUAAUUGAUUGACAUUGUUACCUCAGUUUCUCACAUCUACAUAAAGGCUCACUUUCCUUAGCAACCAAAAACAAUGGCAGAAACCCCAUAUUUAAUAACAUAUGCAACAAAAUGGAUAACUGUGGAGAUGGCACCCAAACUUUGGGUUUCUUAAACACCGUUUACAUAAAUGUUGAACUAAUUUAAUUUUUUGAUGUAUACAUAUAUAUGGCUAUAGAUUACUUAAAGACAGUCUUGUAAAUGUACAACAUGAUGCAUUUGUCUCCAAAGUAAUUUCAGUAAAAAUAGAUUUUAAUAUUUUCGCAUAUGCUAUUGUCUUUAGUAUGUGGAGUAGUGAAAAUUUGGUUUAGCAAUUCUGUCCUUGUUCUUCUUUCACAAUGUCCAUGGUUUUAUAGAUUUGGGAAGCAUGGAGUUGCUCCUCAUGCCAAAUUGUUUCCUCAGUACGUGUGGUGCGUCACGUAAAAGUUUUUUAAAGGUUAUUAUAUUUCUUAGUGCUCGAUGGUUAAGUGUACUGUGAUAUGAAAGUUUUGAAACCUUCUGCCAGGUUAUCAUAAGAAGGCAGAUGUAAAUUGGUGUUACGAUUUCCUCAUAAUUGGACUGUCUGGCACUGAGGAACCCCUAAAUUAACCUACAACACAAUUUUCACUUUAAAAUUUAUUGUGAUUAUCAAUCCAAAUUCAUAAAAUGUAUAUUUCAGAUGUUUUAUCCUGUGUGUUUAGCACAGUUAAACAAUAAUUUUAACACGUCUCACUGUUUUUAUGAAAUAACUAUUGUCUAAGGCACUAAUGGACCAUUGUCUGUCUUUGACUGUACAAUUGUGCUUGUAGGAAUAAUGAAAAUGUUAAUUUAAUACAUUUCUUUGAGCAAA